GCAGGGGGUCGAUUUGCAGGUAGAGAUGCAGAUUGGGCAUCGAUUUUGAUCACAUAGAUCGAGGCUGCACCGCUGCAGCACUCAUAUGGACGUUCCGCCGCCGCACUCGACGUGAGCCUCCUCCACCUGCAAGACCUGCAGUACGCAUGGCAGGAAUUCGUCAGCGAUGCGGCGCGCGGACACUUAUGACGCUGCUCGCCUGCGUGGCCCGCGCGUCGGCGCUGACGGCGUCAACGCCGACGAUCUCAGUUAUUGCGGAAGGUCCUGAGUACCUCGUCGUCCACAAACCGGCCGGCGUGCCCUGUCACCGACGCGACGACCGGCCCGGUAUAUUGGAGCUCGUGGGCGGCACGGACUUGAAACUCUGCCACCGCCUAGACGACGGCACGUCCGGCUGCCUCGUCCUCGCCAAGGGCCGGCGGGCCGCCGCGGCCAUCGGCGACGCGUUCGCGGCGAAACGCGUGGCCAAGGUCUACGUGGGGCUGACAGCUUCGAGGCCGUCGAAGAAGAAGGGCGUCAUCGUCGGAGACAUGGUCCGCUCGCGGCGAAGUCAGUGGCGGCUGACGCGGGACAGCGCGAACCCGGCUUGCACCUGGCUCUCGCGGUCGAUCGGCCUAGGGCCCGGCGAGGAUCCGGCCGCUCGACUUCUCGUCGCGAGACCACUGACCGGUAAGACGCACCAGAUACGCGUCGCCGCGAAGAGCAUUGGCGCGCCGCUUCUCGGCGACGGCCUCUACGGCGGCGGAAAAGCAGAUAGGCUCUACCUGCACGCCGCCGCGAUACGCAUCCCAGACGUGGGCCUCGACGCGCGCGCGUCGCCCGACUCGGGCGCGUCGUUCCUGUCGCGGCGCUUCGCGGACGCCUGGAGCGCGGUCGACCUCGAGGCGGAGCUCGCGGACGACGCGCUGCCCCGCGCGGCGCGCGAGUUUCUGGCGCGGCAGCGGGUAUCAUAAUCAUGUUGUAUUUUUUACAGAUAAU